ACCAACAAUGACCGACAUUUAGAUUAAGACUCUCUAAUUUAAUUUUAGACCAAGGACACCUGUCCUUGUCAGUACCAACAUGGCUGUAGUAAAGCCUCAACAGAAAAAAUGGAAGAAGAAAUCACACAAACUGGUAGUUUAAGAGCAGCAGGCAAAUAGAAAGUCAACAAUGAGCGAUAUUUCACCUGCCACUCCGUCAGUAAAAGACUUGGUGAAGGUUUUGUAUGGAGGGAAAAGGUUUGGUAAUCAUGUGGAUGAAGUUUGGCCCAACCUGUUCAUUGGUGACAUGUCGGUGGCCAAUGAUCGCUACAGUCUGUGGAAGCUGGGAAUCACUCAUGUUGUGAACGCAGCUCAUGGGAGGAUGCACUGUCAGGGGAGUCAUGACUUCUACGGCUCCACUGUGGAUUAUUAUGGAGUGCCUGCAGAUGACUCACCGUCCUUUGACCUCUCUCGCUAUUUCUUUCCCUCUGCUGAGUACAUUCAAAGUGCACUCGAUACAGCUGGUGCUCGGGUUUUUGUCCACUGUGCAGUUGGAGUGAGCAGGUCUGCCUCUCUUGUCCUGGCCUAUCUAAUGAUCCAGCACCGUUACACCCUGCUCGAGGCCAUCAAUAAGGUCAAAGAGCACAGAUGGAUUUUCCCAAACAGAGGAUUCCUCAAACAGCUUCGUGCGUUGGACAUGAAACUGCGCAAGACAUCAUGAGUGACCCAAACAACCUCGAAAACAAACUGACUUUUUAGAUUGCAGAACCUCAAAUGCCAUUUUUUGUCAAUAUAAAUGAACAAUUCAACAUCUGCCAGAGAUACUGUACUUAGGCUUUAAUCAGUUAAUUUAAGAGUAGUACUGAAUCUAUUGAC